ACAGUAUAAUAAUACCAUUGUUAUAAAAUCCUGACUACCUGAUAAAUUAAGACAACAAAUACAGCACAGCACUUGGAAUAAUUUAUUGACCAGAUAUGGCGACCGCAAAUGUUGCUUUCGAGCCUGGCGAAAAAGUGCUUAUCGUGUUUGAUAACUACAACGAAAAUGACAAAAUGAAGGCGAUAAGACCAAUGCAUGAAGGGGAGAUAGUUGAACUGAAGAAACUACGGGAUAGUAACCAAGCAAUAUUAUUCGGAUCGAUAGACACUUACAGUGCUGUUGUCGUUGAGUCUGCAGUCUAUGUGAUACAAUGGCAAAGAGAACUUUACAGAAUAAAACCAUUUGAUGAAAAUCCCACUUGGGAAUAUUUGAGAGGACCAAAAGAGUUUCAUGGAGCUGAACCACCGGCAGUAACUUUGGAUGGUUGCAUUUAUGUAUGCGGCGGAGGAUUUGAACGAGCUGAAGUUUACAGGAAGACGGACGAAGAACUUUCUAAAGUGACAAAAUCAUGUGAAAAAUAUAAUCCAGCUGUGGGACAAUGGGAAAAAAUUAAAAAUAUGCAUUGCGAAAAAAGACUCAACGCAAUGGUGGAAGCCAAUGGGCACAUAUACAGCAUCGGUGGUAUUGGGCGACAAAAAAACAAAACAUACGAGGUGGCUCUAUAUCUCGUGGAAAAAUACGAUAAGGAGUCGGAUGAAUGGAGCCCUAUGCCUCGAAUGAAAAAGUCGAGAAUUGCUCCUGCAGUAGCAAGUUAUAAUGGAAAAAUAUACGUGCUGGGUGGCGGGGUUGAGGAUGAAGACAAUCCCCGAUUACUUGAUGAUUAUAACAGUUGGCUUUAUCUCGCUUCUUUGGAGUUUUUCGACCUAAACAGCGAGGAAUGGGUAAUGGCAAAAAAAGUAAUGACGUCACCAAGAAUAAAAUUUCGGGCAUGUGUGUUUGAUGACAAAAUAUAUGCCGUGGGAGGCAACAAAGACAAUAAAAACAACGCGGAGCAAGCUAAUAUACAAGACAUCCGUAGAGAAGCAGAUGUAAAGGACCAAAGUGCGAAGGCGUGGAAAGUUACAGAUUGGAUUGGAGAAAUGAGUAAAUGGAAUUACAUGGCUACGUUGCUAAUGCAUGUGCCAACUGAAGAGAUGCAAGUCGACUAAGGCACACCCGCGAGCUUGUUGUGGAGAAGAAAUAUUAAUGAUGUAUAAAAUGAUAAUUUGUCAAAAAUUCAUUGAAUUGUGAUGUUUCAAUUUACUAUUUUAUUUAAUAGAAUUGACUGCACUGCUGUUAGGUUACUGCUAAAUGUGAUUGUUCAAUAGUUGUAUCAUAUUGAUGUUUUUAGAAAGAAACAAUUAUGUAAUAGCUUUAUAUACGGAGUGUCUUAAAAUAAAUGAAACCCACAAAAUUGCAAAAAAUGCGUUUAAAUAAACCUUAAAAUCUAGCUGAAGGCCCCAAACUUUCAGUACUCAACUGUUAUUAUAUGAGCUCACAGAAAAUGAUAACCUUUUUAACUUCUUUUGCUUUAGUAAUAAAUGGAUUUCAUGUAUUUGGACACCCUGUAUGUAGUAUACGUAGUGCAUAGUGUCUUAAUUAUGAAUAUAUACGCAUAAUAAAAAUGUGAUUUAAAUGCAAGUACUGUUAUCAUUAUGUUUUUGGAAUUGAUCUUCCUCCGUAAAUUUCGAAUUCCAGAAUCUAGAAUAUUACGUUGUUUGUGUGGUCCUGUGUUCUCGUUCAAUAAUACUUAGCUAUGCAUUUAUGUGGUGUUCCAGAAGUAUGCGCACCAAGAUGUCGCACAACCUGAACCCUAACCGGUACACACAUACUAUGUUCAGGUUGUGCGCCAUCUUAAUGCGCAUACUUCUGGAGGUCCCAUGUAUACAGGGGCGUGAAUGGAUUAAUAUUGGCGGCCUUACCAACCCGGGUG